GGCACGCUUCUUCUUCCUCCCCCUCCACUGCUCUCGCCUUCCUCGCUUCUCUUCUCCCCUUCCCUUAUCUCUCUCUCUCGCUAAUUACUAUCCUCAAUUAGAUCGAUAGCGUUACGGUACACAACCUACAAUAAUCCGUACCUGAUCGAAGAAGAGACGAGGACAAAGAAACGACGGGGAGGCUCUAGCCUCUCGGUCUCUCCUUCCUUGUCCUCGUCGCCGCUUGCUGUUCCUUCGACAUUUCUUGCCGUCCCUUGAACGCUCAUCCCGGCCUCGAGCGGGUUGUGGGCGAAUGGAUAGCUCACAGAGGAAAGGGAUGAUUCCGGUGUCGCCAUCCCAGACCCCCAGGUCGACGGAGAAGACGGGGAGAGAUCUCCGGUCACUCGAGGGGAACGGGAACCCCAGCAGCAAGUUUGACAGGGAGAAGGGGGUCAAUGUUCAAGUCCUACUCAGAUGCAGACCCUUGAGUGAGGAGGAGAUGAGGAUGAACACGCCGGUUGUGAUAUCCUGCAAUGAGCACCGGAGAGAAGUUUCAGCCGUUCAGAACAUUGCUAACAAGCAAAUCGACAGAACCUUCAUGUUUGAUAAGGUGUUCGGCCCGACAUCCAAGCAAAAGGAUCUGUUUGAUCAAGCUAUUUCUCCAAUCGUGCAUGAGGUCCUUGAGGGCUACAAUUGUACGAUUUUUGCCUAUGGCCAAACCGGCACGGGUAAAACUUACACCAUGGAAGGAGGACGAAAGGCCAAGAAUGGAGACUUCGCAAGUGAUGCCGGAGUCAUCCCCAGAGCAGUGAGGCAAAUCUUUGACACACUUGAGGCACAGUGUGCUGAAUACAGCAUGAAAGUCACAUUUCUUGAACUGUACAAUGAGGAGAUAACAGAUCUUUUGGCCCAAGAUGAAUCAAAAUUGUCUGACGACAAGUCCAAGAAGCCAAUAGCUCUAAUGGAAGAUGGGAAAGGAGGUGUUUUCGUGAGAGGGCUAGAAGAAGAGGUCGUUUACACCGCCAGUGAAAUCUACAAAAUUUUGGAUAAAGGGUCAACAAAGAGGCGCACUGCAGAGACUCUACUCAACAAGCAAAGCAGUCGAUCUCACUCAAUAUUCUCUAUCACAAUUCACAUCAAGGAAUGCACCCCUGAGGGGGAAGAGAUGAUCAAAUGUGGGAAGCUUAAUCUCGUGGAUCUUGCUGGUUCUGAGAACAUUUCCCGAUCUGGUGCAAGAGAUGGUAGAGCAAGGGAGGCAGGAGAGAUCAACAAAAGUUUGCUAACUCUUGGCCGUGUAAUUAAUGCUCUCGUCGAGCACUCUGGCCAUAUUCCAUACAGAGACAGCAAACUGACAAGAUUACUAAGAGAUUCUCUGGGAGGCAAGACAAAAACCUGCAUUAUUGCCACCAUAUCACCUUCCAUCUACUGUUUGGAAGAGACCCUGAGCACCUUGGAUUAUGCACACCGCGCAAAAAAUAUAAAGAAUAAGCCUGAGGUUAAUCAAAAGAUGUUGAAAUCUGCCAUGAUCAAGGAUUUAUGUGCAGAAAUCGAUCGUCUUAAGCAAGAGGUAUUUGCUGCAAGAGAGAAGCAUGGCAUUUAUAUUCCACGGGAUCGCUUCUUGAUUGAAGAAGCUGAGAAGAAGGCCAUGACUGAGAAAAUAGAGCGUUUGGAACUUGAUUUGGAUUCAAAGGAUAAGCAACUAAUUGGGCUUCAAGAGCUUUAUAAUUCUCAACAACUGCUAAGUGCAGAGCUAAGUGAGAAACUCAAGAAAACUGCAGAAAAACUGGGGGACACUGAGCAUGCAUUGCUGGACCUAGAAGAAAGAUAUAAACAGGCAAAUAUAAAGAUAAAAGAAAAGGAUUUUUUGAUAUUUAAUCUCCUCAAAUCAGAAAAGGUACUUGUUGAGCAUGCAUACAAGCUUCGGUCAGAGCUAGAAAAUGCAACUGCAGAUUUAUCUGGCUUGUUUUCUAAAAUAGAACGUAAAGAUAAGAUAGAAGAUGGAAAUAGGAUACUUGUCCAGAAAUUCCGAUCUCAAUUGACUCAGCAGCUGGAAAUUUUGCAUAAGACUGUCUCAGCUUCUGUGAUGCAACAAGAGACCCAACUGAAAGAAGUGGAUGAAGACAUGCAUUUAUUUGUCUCGACAAAGACUGAGGCCACCAAAGAAAUCAGAGGGCAUGUUGAAAGACUUAAGGCCAUGUAUGGUUCUGGAAUCAGAGCUUUGGAUGAUUUAGUUGGCGAACUUGACAAAAAUUCUCAGUCUACAUUUGAGAGAUUAAAUUCACUAGUGCUAUUGCAUUCUUCUACGCUUAAGGAUUGGUUUAAAGGAAUAGCCUUGGAGGCUGAUCAGUUGCUUAAUGAACUUCAAGUGAGCCUUUCUAAACAAGAGGAUAAGUUAUUAGCAUUUGCACAACAGCAGCGUGAGGGACAUCUCAGGACUGUCCAAGCAACAAGGUCUAUUUCAAAAAUAACUUCAAACUUUUUCCAUAGUCUCGAUGUUCAUGCAUCAACGCUAACCAAGAUUCUGGAAGAAUCACAAACUGUACAAGACAAACGACUCCAUGAGCUUGAGAAGAAAUUUGAGGAGUGUGCUGCUAAUGAAGAAAAACAACUGCUUGAAAAAGUAGCGGAGAUGCUUGCGAGCUCGAGCGCCCGGAAGAAAAAGCUGGUGCAAGCGGCAGUCAGUAGUCUUCGAGGAACUGCUGCUGAGAGGACAAAUAAUCUUGAAAAGGAAAUGUCAAGCCGUCACAAUUUUACCUCUUCUGUGAAAGAACAAUGGAAAAAUUACGUGGAAAAAACUGAAUAUCACUAUCUUGAGGAUAUUGCGACCAUCGAAAGUGGCAAGCUUAGCCUAGAUGAAGGUCUUAAAAGUUGCAUGGAAAUGGCAAAAGAGGGCUUGCAACAAUGGAGAGUUGCUCAAAGUUGCUUGAUAGAUCUUGAUAAAGGGAAUGUGGCAUCAGUGGAUUCAAUAGUCAGGAGAGGAAUGGAAGCCAACCAACUACUCCGUGACAACUUGUCCUCUACUUCCUCUACGACUCUGGAAGACAUAGACAGUGCAAAGAAAGAUCUCCAUUCAUCGAUCGAAUGUUCCUUAAAACUCGACCAUGAUGCACGUGCAAACAUUAAUCGCAUGCUCCUCAUCCCGUGCUGUGGGGAGCUAAGAGAGCUGAGGAGUGGACACUACCACAAGAUGGUGGAAAUCACAGAACACUCAGGAAAGUGCUUCGAAGAGGAAUACACGGUUGACACACCAUCUUGUUCCACUCCAAAGAAGCGGUCUAUCAAUCUUCCAAGCAUCAAAUCCAUCGAGGAGCUGAGGACGCCAUCAUUCGAACAACUGCUGAAAUCAUUCUGGGAAGCAGUGUCUGCUUCCAAGGAGGUAAAUGGGGAUCUGAAACACCUUUCAGAGUCACAGGCCUUGCGAGACGCAAGAUUUUCAUUAACGGCGAAUUAAUUAGAUUCGAUCGGAUACGGCAGGGGUUAGUCGGAUGUACAUAAUAAUAUAAUGGCUACUUACUCGGGUCGUAAUUGACAGUUCAUUCUUUACCUAAUUUGUCAAACUUCACUCGACGACCGAGUUGUGUGUACAGAGUCUAAAUUACAACAGCGAUCAUCACCACUUUUUCUUC